AUGGACAGCAGCAAAAAGAAGUUGACGUUUAAGUGGCUACGAACUGCAAUCACCUCGCCCACAAAUCUUCAGGGGAGAGAUGCUGGAUUAGGCACACCCUCUCGCUGGAAUGAAUCGCUGAUUGACGAUUCAAAUACUUUGCCGCUCAGUGACUCUCCAGGACCGGAUGGCCUUGGAGCAUUGAGUCUAGACACUCCCAAGAGAAAAGCAGGAGCGCUAUGUGAAAGCACGCCAUCUUUAGGCAAAGUUAAGCUGAGGAGGCUUUCAAGGGAAAAUUCUGAACAUUUCAUAACUUCAAAGGAGAAACCUAUGGACAACUCAUCCAAGCAGCUGGAAUCCACAGAGAGCCAGGUAGUAUCAUCACCUCCACCUCACUCCUUCCUCAUGAGAAAGAAAGAGAGGACACCCAUGGAGAGAUCAAAGGCUAUCUACAGCAAGGCUGUGGUUGCAACCAUUGGCAACACAAGACCAAGAGGCAACACUACUAGUAUCCCCAGGCCUUUGCCAUUUGAGUCUUCACCAGUGAAGACUGAAGCACCAACUCGCAUAACAGACAGGGAUAUUAUUAAGUGUUCCUCGAUCAAAGCUGAGAACAGCUCUGAGGACAGCAACACUGUCCAGGAAGAACAGUGGUCUCCCCUUCAGGUGUUUGAGGACAUUGAAUCCCAAGAUGACGACUCAAAGCUAAAAACAGACGGAAGGACUGUUGUGCUAAAAGGAGAGGAUUCUCCCAAGAGUUUUGUUGUUUCAAACUCUGUGUUUGUAGAAACAACCUCUCAAGUCCAAUCCAUUGCUCCAGAAAAUGGACCAGAAGCCAAGUGCUGUGACUCGUACCUCCCAGCCCUGGAUAACAUAGAUGAUACUUCGCCUCGUUUCACGAUUCAACAGAAAGGCCCUUUUGACAGCCAACAAUGGAAAAGUCCUUCAGUGUAUACCCAGAAAGCUACAACUUCAUCUUUCACCUUUUCAUCCCCCAAUGACAGCACUGGGGUCAUCCAGGCAGCUGCAGUGGACAAGGAUUGGCCUUUCUCACUGUCGCAGGGGAAUGUUUUUGUCUCAUUAAAGCAGCCCCACCCAACAAACAUGGCCCCUUCUCAUGCAUCCAAAAUUCAGACUGAGAAUGUCUGCUUUUCCGCCAACAUUAUGGCCUAUAGGGACCCCUUUGCGCUGCCACUACACUCAAAAAAAGCAACCCCACGCAGGCAGUCAGAUGUUGGUGCUUCCAUGCAUCACUCCCCCUUCUCCUUUACUCAUGGUGCGACUCCUAAAAGAAGAUUAUCACUUGGAGCAGAACCUAUGUCAACCAGUUACCCCUCCCUGAACCAUCAGGUUGGUUUUAUAGACACACACUGCCAUAUAGACAUGCUCUAUGGAAAGCUUGGCUUCAGCGGGACAUUCCACAGCUUUCUAAAUCACUACAAAAGGAGCUUUCCCCCAGAGUUUAGAGGCUGCAUUGCAAACUUCUGCAACCCAAAGACCAUGGUUAAGGAGGCCCUGUGGGAAGGUUUGCUCUCCGAAGACAUGGUGUGGGGGGCAUUUGGGUGCCACCCCCACUUUGCCACAGAUUACUCCUGUGCCCAGGAGCACGAUAUACUGAUGGCUAUGCGGCACCCAAAAGCUGUAGCAUUUGGUGAGAUAGGCCUGGACUACUCCCACAAGAACUCCACAAACCACUCCAAGCAAAAAGAGGUGUUUGAGCGCCAGCUGCGUCUCGCUGUGGCCAUGCAGAAGCCUCUGGUCAUCCACUGUAGGGACGCAGAUGAUGACCUUUUUGAAAUAAUGAAGAAGUGUGUCCCGAGGGAAUACAAAAUUCACAGGCACUGUUUCACAAACAGUUACCCCGUGAUUGAGCCCUUCCUAACAGAGUUCCCCAACCUGUAUGUGGGUUUCACAGCCCUCAUCACAUACUUCAAGGCCACCGAGGCCCGAGAAGCUGUCCGCCAGAUCCCUCUGAACCGCAUUGUGUUGGAGACGGACGCACCAUAUUUCCUGCCAAGACAGGUGAGGAAAGAUGUCUGCCGGUUUUCACACCCUGGUAUGGGCAUUCAUACCCUGCAGGAGCUGAGCUUUCUGAAGGGAGAAGACAUGGCCACGGUUCUCGCCACCGUCCGACACAACACCACUCAAGUCUACGGCGUAUGA